AUGAUCAAUGUUCACAAGUACCGUGGCACCUUCGCAGACUUUCGUGACAGUUUCAUGCGGGACGCUCUUAUGUUCUGCCCAUACCGUGAGCACGUGAAGGGCUACUUGGAGCACUCGGACACUGUGCUCUGUCUCACGUACGAGCAGAUGCACCAGGAUCGCGGCUCGGUCGUCCGUAAGGUGGCAGACUUCCUGGGAGUCUCCCUGAGCGACGCCGACGUCGACGAUAUCGUGAAGAACACCAGCUUCGAAGUGAUGAAGGCGAAUCCGGACACCAACUUCCGCCAGUGGGAGGACAGCGGCAUGGUGUCCGGCACCGAGGAAGGCACCUUCAUGAGAAAGGGGAUGGUGGGCGACUGGAGAAACUACUUCACCGAGGAGGAGAGUGAAGCCUUCUUGAAGUGGAGGAACGAAGAGGUCGCUUCACUGGAGUAG